CAAAACGCGGUACCAUUCAGCAGGUUCUUCCGGGGUCACUGUAGAUAUUUUGUAACGAGCGGGUUAUUUUCAUACCUGCAUUGGUAAAAUUAGAAUUGGAUUUUAGAGUACGGGCAUACUGUUGACACUAUAAAUCAUGAAGGGCGUUAAAUUGCUUGUUGUGCUCUUAGUGCUUUCUGUGCAUUUGCUUUGUGCCGAUUCUGCAAGGAGCCGGAAAGAUUCUAGUAACCAGAAUAGUUUCAGAAGGGCUGCGAACGGUUUCUACCAAAUGUUGAGCAAUAUCUUUGGAGAGGACAAUAUCAGAGGAUUAUAUAAGUUCUUCUCCAAGACCACCGAGCGUUUUGUGCAUGGCGUGGACUCGUUCCUCGACACCGUGUGGAAGAUUUGGACAGACCUGCUGGAUGUUUUGGGGAUUGACUCCUCCAGUCUGAGUCACUACUUCAGCCCGGCCUCGGUGUCGAGCUCCCCGGCCCGUGCGCUGCUGCUGGUGGGGGCGGUGCUGCUGGCGUACUGGUUCCUGUCCAUGCUGCUGGGCGGGGUGUUCUUCGUGCUGCACGCGGUGUUCGGGCGCUUCUUCUGGCUGGUGCGGGUGCUGCUCCUGGCGCUGUCCUGCCUGUACGUGCUGCAGCGGUUCGAGGGGGACCCGGAGCGGGCGGUGCUGCCCCUCUGCUUCAUCAUGGCGCUGUACUUCAUGACCGGGCCCGUGGGGGCCUACUGGCGCCGGGCCGGCGCCGCCUCUCUGGAGGAGAAGAUCGAGCACCUGGACGGCCAGAUCCGGCUGCUCAACAUCCGCCUCAGCCGCGUCAUCGACAGCCUGGAGCGCACCGCCGACCCCUAGC